AUGGUUGGAGCACUAGUAAAAUCCGAUAAUGCAUCUGAAAUUCCCUCUUUGAGUGGUGACAACUACAAGAUUUGGAAGGAGAAAGUUCUUCUUCAUUUGGGAUGCAUUGACCUUGACUAUGCUCUUCGAAAGGAAGAACCACCUAUGCUCACAAAUACCAACACUAAAGCUGAGACAACGUUGUAUGAACGGUGGGAGCGAUCCAACCGUUUGAGUAUGAUGUUUAUCAAGUCUCCAAAUGUCAAGGAUUACAUGCAUGCUAUUGAUGAACAAUUUGAGUCGUCGGAUAAAUCACUUGCAAGUACCUUAAUGAGAUAG